AUGGUAGUGUUUUUCAGUAAAUCCGAGACGGAGUCUGGCGUUCCCGAAUGGGCCAUAGUCGAAGUGCAAGGGCUCAUACAAAUUAAGAAGGAUCAAUCUGGACCAACCGUUGUCGGGGAUUUGCAUUUCUUUAAUAGGAACAAACAUCCCGUACUAAUCUUAGGACAUCAUGUUUUGAACGGAAAAGAGAUGAAACUAGAACAGCCAAUGGCAGUUAUUGAAAAAAACGAAAUUAACGGCAAAGUGGAAUAUGCAGUCAAAGCUGUAGUUAAAAAGAAAUUAUUGUUUAAGUCGCGACCGAAACCUAUUAUAUCAAACGUUGCUGACAGAAUUUGA